AAAAAUUUGAUGUUUUUUAUGUGGAGCUGAAGUUGCACAAUAAAACACAUGUAAUAGCUGUCACGCUUCAUGGUUUUUAGUCCUCAUCCGCUGCAUUUGCUCCAGAGAGUCUGAAUUCCAGAGACACACCCGGACAGCUGAGUUCACAGCCCUGCAAGUGUCUUAAAGCAGAUGGAUUAAAAGCGCGGUGACUUCAUGCUCACACACUCCCUUAGUGCUGCUGAUGACAGACCAAAUGAGAAGCUUUUGUCAUGACAAAAAGGGGGAAGACUGUGUUUUUCAUCGAGCUGUCUGCAGCCCCCUUCAUAAUGAGAGACUCAUAAGACUAUUACCCGGCACAAACCCCGGUCUGAAUGACAUCACAGCCUGUUAUUAUGGACGGCAGCAGCCUGCGGUGAGUGUGUCCAAAGUGUCUGCACAGAAGGAGAGCGGUGAGGGAGAACAGCAGGAGCUGCAGGAGGAGCUCAGGCGAGAGACGACAGGCUGAUGAUCUGUAUCUGAUUCAUCCGAGCAGAGAUGACUGCAUUCCUCUCAUUUCAGAUAAGAGCGACAGACUGACAGAGAUGUUUAGGUGGAAGGAGGGGGCCGAUGCUCGCUGCUGCUGCUGCUGCCAAGUGCUCCUCUUUACUGUCAGAUACUCAGUUCUUAGAGGAGGCUGAAACACUGCUGUUUCCAAAAGAACGUGCAUGGGCGGCCCAGAGAGGAAUCAGAUGAAUAAUCCUACAAUGAUGGCUAAUUAUGACUCUUAAUCAAAUGAAACAGAGCAAACAACACCCAGAUGUCUUUAAGCUUUAAUCCAGUGAAGACGAGAUGAGGAAGACUAAACAUUCAGAGGCAAAGUUUUCCAUUUCAUGUCAGUCCCAGAGAAGACAGGAUCUCUUUUGUUUGUAGUUUCCUUAUUUUCAGGCUUUAAAUUGACUUUAUUUUGUUAAUACAGCGACAAAAAUUAUGUUUUUUAGGAAGAGGUCUGAGUCCAUGCAGUGAAUUCUACUUCAGAGUCAUGUCUGUUUUUAACACAGUGUCACACCCUUUUUAAAAUCUGAUUGUCUUUACUUGAAAUGAACCUAUAAAAUAUCAACAGAUAAAUAUAUAUCCUCAGUUACAAGCCAGACUAAAAGGGCAAAAAACCCCACCCAGAUAGAAAUAGAUCACAGCAUAGUAGGUAAAAUACAGUAUACAUUCUUAAAAACAUUGGGUUAAAAACAAUCCAGUUUGGGUAGUGUCCCAACCCAGCGCUGGUUAAAUUGUCAAGAAUGGCUCAGAGCAGGAGGACAUGAAGGCAGACACUGAAACAGAGGUCAGAGGCAAAAAGUGUUCAAUCAAAAAAACAGGCGGUUUAGCGGCGCUACAACACGCUACAGCAGGUCCCGUUUGACAAGAAACACUUCUGUUACAGACACUUGGCUUGGCAAAACAGUUGUCAUCCCAAGACGUAUCGUUUAUGCUAUGUUGACCCGGCUUUUUAUCUCUUGCCUGGCUUUUUAAGCGCCCGUUAUUCCUCCAGAGUCUCCGGUAUUUACUUCAUUUUCUUGCUUGUGUCGGCAGUCGUGGCCAAAGGAGGAUUCAGACAAUUUUCCGAACUUUCUGGUUGGUUUCUACUGUCCGAUAUUGUAGCACGCUAACUUUGUUUGGGCUCCUGAACGACACGGGGGAGCAGCGUCUGCCUCACAACCAAUCAGGUUAGAAGAGGUGGAGAACGGCUUUGUUUACAGUCAGAAAGAGCGGACCGCUAAAAAAUGUUAAAAUGUCGACUACACAGACAUAAGAGAACACAGAGAUAUCGAUAUAUUACCAAAUAUCAUCAAUAACUAAUAACUAUUGACUGAUAUUAAAAGAUUUUUUGGGUUAAACACCACAAAAAAUGAUGCUUCUUUAACAGAUUCCUGCCUACUCCACCUUUAAUAUAAUAUUUAAUCACAUUAAUGCAUCAGAUUUCAUACAGACCGACUCAAAACAGGCUCAACCUAGUGGUUGGGUUGAAAAAAACAACCCAGCAUUUUUUUUGUGAAAGCCUUAAUAUAAAUGUAGAUUUGCCUUUUAAAAGAAUAAUAAUUUCAGCUGUAUUCAUAUCAACCUUAUUAUCUAACCUGAAAACUCAGCCUGUUCAGUCUGCCCUGAUGAUAAAAUGAUCUCCACAUAAACUGAUGAUGAAAUCAGACCUCUCCUCUUCCUGCUGGUGGACCCCCAUGGGACCGCUGUUCUUCUAUUUAUCCACCAAUCGGAUGAUCGGAGGGGAAAAAUACGAGGACAGGACAGGCGCACCGCGCACAGAAAGACGUAGCUGCGACACUGCUGGCGAGGAGAAGACGCGACUCCGUACGGCUGAGAGGAUGCAGUGAAAGCGGCUCUGCUAAUUUACAGCCGGGCACGACGGCAGGAUCGAUCAUAAAAAAAACAGGCGAAAAUGAGCGUGAUUCAGGCCGGGCACGAGAACAGGGUGGACGGAGGCAGAGGGAGCCUGGGUGACAGCGGCGGAGGCUCCCCGAGGCUCCUCCAGCAGUGCGCGCAGCCUCCGCACGGCAGCAGCGGCAGCAGCAGCAGCAGCCGGACCAAAGAUGCCCGAUACCAGCAGCAGCUCCAGCAGCAGCAGCGGCAUCAUGGAGGGUCGAUGCUCAAACAACCAGCGCACAACGAGCCGGCCGACGUCGUGAGGCGGGCGCUGGACUUCAAGUGCCAGGGAACCCAGUGUUACAAGGAUAAGAAGUACCGAGAGGCGAUAGGCAAGUACCACCGCGCUCUGCUGGAGAUUAAGGGGCUGUGCAGGGUGCUGGGAGACCCGGACACCGGCUCCAAACCGUCCCCGACACCGACACCCCUCCUGCCCACCACCAUCAGCAAGUCCAGCUCGCUGACGGACGAGCAGAAGGGGGCCAUGGAGAACGCGGAGCUGGAGUGUUACAACAGCUUGGCCGGUAAUUUCCCUCUAACACACACACACACACACACACACACACACACACACACACACACACACACACACACACACACACACACACACACACACCUAUGUACUCUUUCCUGAGCAGAGACGGAUUCUGGGAAUACUCCAGAGCUCAUGAAUAAAUCAUAUGGUGUAUGACUCAUUCCAGGCUUACCCCACUAUCCACUCCACUCCUCAUAUUUAUGCUACAGAUUUAUUCACCCCUCUGCAAAUCCACUAAUGAUACUGUGUGUUUAGGGACCCGUCCAAGGAGUCCGCCCAUCUGGGUGAUCUGGGUUCCUGACAGUCAGGACACACACACACACACACACACACACACACACGCUGUAAUGAGGUUCAAGCGUUGGCUCCCACCUGUCCGUCCGUCUGUCUGUCUGUCUGUCUGUCUGUCUGUCUGUCUGUCUGUCUGCAGCCUGUUUGUUACAAAUGGAGCUGGUCAACUAUGAGCGGGUGAAGGAGUACUGCCUCAAGGUGCUUCACAAGGAAGGGAAGAACUUCAAGGCUCUGUACCGGUCCGGCGUGGCUUACUACCACCUCGGAGACUUCCAGAAGGCGCUGUACUACCUGAAGGAGUCGCACAAACAGGAACCGUCAGGUCAGGAAUCAGCGGCGUUGUCCUUACAGGAGCGAGGUCAUUCACAGUGUUGAUGGUUCAUUAGACCACAGAGUGGAUCUGAUUAGUUAGCAUCAUCUGAAAAAACAUGAUCAUUGAGACUGAACCGUAUCGUGUGUUUUGCUUAAUUAAGUCUGAAAAGCCAAGGGACGGCAUGAGCAACAACGUGAACGAGCGUUCACAGGCCACAUGUCAUGCUAGAAAUAUAAUCCUAAUGUAAAGGUCUGGAUCUGCAAGCUUGGCUCAAUCACAACAAACGUCCGGCCUUUUGGACUGAUGGUAGGGCUGGGCGAUAAAACGAUAACGAUAUAUAUCGGAAAUUAAUUUCCCUCAAUAUCAAUAUAAAACAUGAUCAAUAUCCUUUUCGAUAGUCGUCAUUCUGCCAUGUUUUGGUCGACUAUACGAACAGCCAAUGAGAGGAGGAGUUGCUCCAGGUCUGUGUCACGCUGAACCAAUUAUGUGUUGAAUUAGAACCAAGUAUCAAACAACUGUGUAGCAGCAGACAGCAGCUACAUGCAACCAUAGCACUUUAACAGGUGAAGCCGACAGUCAGAAAGAAAGAAAGAAAAUGAGUGCUACCCCCGACAGAAAUGCAGAUGAAGGGUCGGUGCCGAAACAGACGACCAUUCAGUCCGCUUUCUCUAGCGCAACGUCUUACGACAAAACGUCAAAGACACACAAAGACCUCACAGAUUUAACCGCUUACUUAAAAUCCUUCUGGCUUGUCGGAGCACUGCAGCUACCGUACUGUAGUUAUUCAAUGAGUUAAAUAAAGUUUGACUUCUCUGACAGUUUUGUUUGGCUUAACCUGUACCUUAUGUAUGAAAAUAGACGCGAAUACACGCGUUCAUCUAUGGUGCGAAAAAUACGGUAUGUCGAGUACAUGUUCUCACAAAGUCGGGGAAUACCUCAAAUCUUUAUCAUUACCUGAAGCAGCGCCACGCCGCAGAGCACACGCAACGCAAAAGGUUACAAACCCCAAGUGGCGCCUGUGAAGCCGAAACAGACGACCAUUCAGUCGGCUUUCUCUAGAGCAACGCCUUACGACAAAUCGUCAAAGAGACAUAAAGAGCUCACAGAUGCAGGAGAUUAUUGCAAAAGACAUGACACCAAUAAGCACUGUUAAAUUUCAGUUUUUAGAUCGUGAUGUAUAUCGAUAUCGACUGAUAUGAAAAAUAUAUACUGUGAUAAACUUUUUCCAUAUCGCCCAGCUCUAACUGAUGAUCAUGUAAAUAUUUGUUUUACUGACCAGAGAGGCAAAAAACUUCAGAUCAGUUGAGCCGACUAAACCUGCACAUCUCUAUUUAUCUCCAUGCACAAUCAUAGACAAUUACAAAUGACCCGUAAUUACUCAGCCCUUUUUGCUGAAGACCGUCUUUCACAUGAGUGUGAAGCAGUUCAUUUAUCCAGUGUUGGUUUGCACUAAAAUAUGCAUGGACUUGUAUCCUGAAACAAAACCAGGUUUCCUAAAAUAAGCUCUCGCCGUCACACGUGCCUCUGAGUUUGGCUCGGACAGAAGAUUUACGAGCAGAUUGAUGCGCCGUUUCCCGCCUGAACAGGAAAUAAAUCAGCCUUUUCCUGUCUUUGUUUCCCAGACACCAACGUGAUCCGCUACAUCCAGCUGACAGAGAUGAAGAUUCGCCGAAAUGCCCAAAGGGAAAAGAAAGACGCGACAUAAACGCCGGCUGCCCUGAUGAGGAUUCGCCGUCGGUUUUAACCCUUAAAUGUGCCACUCAGACCUUCCACACAGCCGGUCACAGGUCUGGGUGUGAAGCGGUAUCUUUGUUUGCUUUUGCCUUGCACAGCAGCCAAGUUUUGUGAUUGAACUCCAUUGUGUGCUUGAAGCAUUUUUAUGGAUAAUUGUGUGUGUUUUUUUGUUUUCAAACUGCCAAAUUGAUCUACUAUGAAACCUCCCAGAGUAUUUUUAGACAUUUAACAAACUGAUGCACUGCCAGUCCAAACACUGCACAUACAGGCCAACACUUGUGAUGGAGACAGGAUCAGCACGGUCCUCAGAGCGGAUCCAGCAUGUUUACCAGCGGAGCGUCACUGUAAUCUAGCACGUACCCUCGCACAAGAUGUCCUCCGAGUGGCUUUGAGUAACAAACACCUACACUUCUGUCACUUUCUCAAAGUACGACAAAAGAUACUGAUUUUUUUUUUAUACUCUUGAUUUUAUCUGAAGUGCUUUGAGUGGAAAUGCGGAGGCGAGGACAUCAAACUUACAUGGUGGCUAGAGUCAGUGUGAGCUGAAGAGACAUAUCACAAAAUGUAAAUAGGCGACUUUAUAGAUACCACAGAAAAAAUAUGAGGGAGAGGCGAGUCGUUAGUGUGUGUUACAGCCAGAAUAAAGCACUUCAUCCACAGCCUUUUCUGUAUCAAUGAAUCCUGGAUGUUUACUGUAAAGGUAUGCGUGUAAUAAAUGUGUCUGUUGAUUCAA